CACAUUUCCACUUCCCCGGCAUAUCUGAAUUUAUAUAAGAAAAGGUGAAACAAGAAAAAGUCGUGCCUGCAAGGAAAUUCAGCCAGUUGAUUUAAAACAAGCCUUGAAAUGACUUCGAUCCUCCUGAAAACAGCGAUUUUCGCUGCCCUUUGCGCGAUGGUCAACGGUCAGAAUGAUUCCGCAACGGACUGCUCCAGUUUGGAUUUUUCGACAAUUCCGAAAACAUGCUGCAGCCAGCCGUACGGAGAACUUUUGCCACUUUCCAAAAUCCAGGGUGCACAAUCAUGCAAAGCAACUGCCGCAGUCAUGAAAUGGGUCAACACAUAUCAGCUCAAUAAUCUGCAAUCGAAAAGCAUCAAAAACUUCAUUGAUGACAAAUCCAAGUCAUAUCUUUCAACGAUUUGCGCACCAGCAACCGUUGUCAACUGCAUCUUCGAAGCCAACGAUUUUGUUAACUCUACUGGAUCGAUCAAUAUUCAAAGUUUGAAAGCAUUCUUCGCAGCAAACGCGCCAAAUGCAACUUGGGCAAACAUCAUGAACUCAAUUUUGGACCCAAUGAACUCUGAUUUCAACACGGCUUAUCCGUUUACUGACAUCGUCGAGGACAACUUCGAGAAGGUUGUUUGUCCAACAGGAAACGUCAACUUGCUUCCAAUUAUUAUGAUGCAAAUGCUUCAGAGUGAAAUAAUUUGGAUGUGUCCUAAGCAGGCAGUGUAUGAUUCGAAAAAUAAAUGCAGCGAGACAAUGAAGAAUUUCCAGUACUGCGACGCAAAAAUCUACUCAAACACUGCAAAGGGAAUAUUUUACUUCCCCAACGUUUAAAUAAAUAAACUCAUAUCAAAACUUUACUUUUUGUGGUUUCUUGGAAAAAAGAAUGACAUGCAUUAAAAUUUUGU